AUGGACGCGGACAAGGCGCCGAACGAGGAUAAAAGGCCACAGCCGACAGAUAAGAAGCACGACACAGUAUUUGAUGAUUGCUCUGAUGGCAGCGACGAGGAAUGCAAGGCGGUAGAGGUUGUUUUUGAUCCAUCGAACCCCUAUCGCCGAAAAUCAUCUCUCGUGUCGUCCGAGCAUCCGCCACGCGCGACCAUUGCUGUGCAGCGCAGACCAGGCAUGGUACAGCAGUACCUUGAGAGCCAGCGCCACGGCAACGAACCGCCGCCAGCGAAAUCAUACCAGGCGCAUCCCGUCCUCGGCGGCGCCAGCUCUCAGAUUGACGGGUCGCUGCUUGCGCCAGCGCCAGCGCCGGCGGCGAGCAGCAGCGUGUCGCCGGCCGCGCCCAGCACGCACAGCACGGCACGGCGCAACUCACGCGCUGUCGUCGAUCUCUCGAGUCUCGACAGCGGCGACUUCGGCCAGUCGGACCAGCAGGACUGGACGCGCGAGAUGAUGCGGAGCGCGUCCGAGGUCGACUUUCUCGCCAUGCAGCAGCAGCACCACCAAAAUACGAUUCCCGGCCCCCGCGAAGCCCCGUCGCGCAUGCUCACCAAGAAGCAGCUCAGUGACAUGGCCUGGGGCGUGCGCGAGCUGAGUCGGCGGCUUAGCAGCAUGCGCAUCCGGGUGCGUGUCAAGUCCAUCCUCAUCCUGACCAAGCUGCACGACCAGGACCUGAUUCCCCACGCAAAGGAGCUGGCCUCGUGGCUGCUGAGCCUGGACCGCAAUGUCAAGUACGUCGUAUACAUUCAGGACAAGUUGCGGGAUAGCAAAAAGUUCAACGUCGACGGCCUCCUCCACGAUAUUUGCAAGAGAAACAUGACAGAAGAUCCUAGCCUGGACUGGGACCGAGCGCAUGAAGAUGUCAAGAAGCGCCUGCGCCCCUGGGACGAGGAUAUGUGUCGCACACGGCCGCACAUUUUCGACUUUGUCAUUACGCUCGGUGGUGACGGCACCGUUCUGUACGCGAGCUGGCUGUUCCAGCGCAUCGUUCCACCGGUGCUCAGCUUUGCGCUCGGCAGCCUCGGCUUCUUGACAAAGUUUGACUUUGAAGAGUAUGCGCCGACGCUCACCUCGGCGUUUACCAAGGGCGUCACCGUCAGCUUGCGGCUGCGGUUCGAAAGCACUGUUAUGCGCAGCAUACGGCGCAAGAAGACUGUGCCCAAAGAGGUCGACGGUGUGAAUAGUGGCCAGAGCGGUACCACGAGCGAGGAGGAGGACGAGGAUGAGAAGCACAAGAAGCGGGAUCUCGUCGAGGAACUCAUCGGCGAGGAGAGGGAGGAUGCCCACACGCACCGACCUGACGGAACGUAUGAGAUUCUCAACGAAGUGGUUGUCGACCGCGGGCCGAACCCAACGAUGUCGUCUACGGAGCUCUUUGGCGACGACGAGCACUUUACCUCGAUCCUCGCCGACGGCAUCUGCGUGUCGACGCCGACGGGCUCGACGGCGUACAACCUGGCGGCCGGCGGCUCGCUGUGCCACCCCGAGAACCCCGUGAUGCUCGUGACGUCGGUGUGCGCGCACACCCUCUCCUUCCGGCCCAUCAUCCUGCCCGACACGAUUGUGCUGCGCGUCGGCGUGCCUUACGCGGCGCGGACGUCGUCGUGGGCCAGCUUUGACGGCCGCGAGCGCGUCGAGCUCGAGCCCGGCGACUACGUCACCAUCAGCGCGAGCCGCUACCCGUUUGCGUCGGUGCAGACGGAGGGACGACGGAGCGAGGACUGGGUCAACAGCAUCAGCGGCAAGCUGGGGUGGAAUACGCGGCAGAAGCAAAAAGAGUUCAAGGAGUGGGAUAAGUGA